CUCUAUGCAUAUCUACUCUCUGUCUCUGCGCUUUAGAAUGUGUCAAACGUCAUUCGUGUUGUCAAAAAACAAGAAUCGUUCAGAAAUAUGUCUAACACUGAAGAAAAGAGUUACGUUGACAAUGUGGAUAUUGGAGAUAUGCGCAUAAAAUAUAAUGAUAAAAGUGAAACGUUCACAGAAGAACAAUUGAGCAGUAAAGAGCCUUUUGGACAAUUCAAAGCAUGGUUUGAAGUGGCUUGCAACACGCCAUCUAUUUUAGAACCAAAUGCUAUGCUUUUAGGAACUGCAACAAAGGAUGGAUAUCCAUCGGUAAGACCAGUAUUACUUAAAGGAUACAGUUCAAAGGGAUUCAAGUUCUAUACUAAUUACGAAAGCCGGAAAGGUCGUGAGCUGGAAGAAAAUCCGAACGCAGCAUUAACAUUCUUUUGGGAAUCUUUGAGACGCACGAUUCGUAUCGAGGGAACAGUAGAGAAAACGUCGCCUGAAGAUUCAGAUCUUUAUUUCGAAAGUAGGCCCUUUCCAAGCCAAAUAGGUGCGUGGGCUAGUAAACAGAGUACUGUGAUUCCUGGAAGAGAAAUAUUGAUGAUUCGAGAACGAGUUUUGUCGGAAAAAUUUCUUAACAAAAAAGUUGAACGACCGAGUUAUUGGGGCGGUUAUAUUCUCUUUCCAAAAUCCAUAGAAUUCUGGCAAGGUCAAAGUGAUCGCCUGCAUGACAGAAUCUGCUUUAGGCGUCCAUUACCUGCAGAAAAAAAGGAGCCUGACAAUAUUUUCGUCCACCAAGGUGAGGGCGGUUGGUUAUACGAGAGGUUAUCUCCAUAAAGUAAACAGAAAUAACGAAGAGAUUUCGAUUUUAUAUACACAUCCCAAGGUUCAAAAUUAUCUGAAUGAAUAAUUGUAAUUUCAAAAGCGAAUUCCCGGGAUGAUCCUCUACAUAUUUUAGUCACUUCCUGUACGUGCUGGACUAUGAUGACAUGUUGAAUCACUAUUACAGCGUGAUAAGGCCAGAAUAUCUCUUUGUAAACCUGAAGUAAAAUAAUACAGAGUGAUUGUAAUUCUCUUACAAUAUAUUUCAAGUUGUUCAUGUUAAAAAA